CUUAACUCUCCAUGAUUUAUUAGAACUCAUAUAACGGCCUCAUACUUGAAACACUGGAUGCCUUCAUCCUAAGGACUGCACGGAACUUCUUUCUGUCAGUGGAUAAAGCCCGGUGUGGACUAAUAUGUAACCUAAAUUCUUCAAACGGAUUCAAGCACUAAAUUUGCUACAUGUUUCAAUCUCCUGUCAUUAUCAUCUCGUGAAAAAGAAGUGGCAGUAUUUUGAUUAUGGAGGAAGAUAAACCGGUUACGAAUUUAGAAAUUCCUGUUUCAGAAAAUGCAGAUGAAAAAAAAUCAGGAUUAACUGAAGAUGCAGAAGAAGGAGAAGCUAUUGAAGAAAAAGGAAGUUUGAAAGAAUUAGAAGAGUUAGAAGAUGUAGAAAAGUUGGUAGUUGGAAGCCCCAAAGAAGCAUCACUUAAAAAGUUAGCAGAGGAGAACGUACAAGAUGCACAAUUACCUAUAAUAGAAGAUUUCGUUUGGAAAGCGGAAGAGGAUGCUGUUAAAGAACAACUUUUGAAGAAAGAGAAAGAAGAACAAUUGCUUCUUAAGGAAGAAGAGUUAAAAAAAGAAGAAGAACGUAGGGAAAAAAUGAAAGUACUGCUUACAGGAUAUUUAGAGCUGAGAACAAAAAAGGAGAUUGAAAAAGCUUUGCUAAAUGAAAAGAAGAUUAUCUCUCAGUGGUUACAACCCUUUCGCGAGACGCGUCAAAAAGAAUGGCUUUUGGAGCUUAAGAUGUUAAAACUUGCGUUCCUAAAGGCAUUGGAUUAUAAGAAAUCUCACAUCCAUGCCAUCCAAAGAGAACGAAAACUUAUAGAACUGAAUCAUCUGUGGGCAGACAGUUCGCAUUAUCGGACGUUAGAAGAAAUAAAUGACUUCAUGCGGGGCCGAUGUGAAAAGUUGAAAUUGAGGUAUCUAGAAGAAUUAGAAGAGAUAAAGAAAUAUUACUUAGAAAAAGAACAGGAAAUAAUACUUAAAUGCAGUAAGGCAGAAGAAAGGGCCGAAGCCUUAGAAAAAUUUCGUGCAUCAGUUCAUGAAAAUGUUCUCAAGCAAACACAGGAUGCCCUGGAACGUUACAAAUACCAGGCUGAAUUCUUGAAAGGAAAAGAAAUAGAUAUAAUUUUAACCAAGCAUAGUACAUAUGUGGAGAAAAUUGUUCAUGAAUUGCAGACUGCUAUAUCCCCACCCGAACACAAGAUGGAUGAAAUUCGAUCUCUUUUUCAGGAAUGGAAAAAUAAAUAUGAAUCAUUUAUUAACACAUUCAAUAAAAACAAAAAAGAAUUUGUAACUGCGAGUGAAGAAAUACCUGAUCUUGAAAGAAAAGUCGAAGCUGCUCGGAAAAGGCUGGCAGAGCUAAAAAAAGAAUCCAGUAUGGCAAAAAGUAUUGAAUUGGAGGAAAUGACUCGUUUACAAAACAUUUCUAAAAAGCAAGAAAAGCUACAACCAUCUCUCCGAAAAUUGAUAUCGUCUAGUGAGGAAGUAAUGACUAAAUUACGGGAACGCAAAGUAAAACUAGAUAGAAUUGUGAAACUAAAAAAAUUAUGCGAUCAUUUAGAAACUGAAUCUGACAAAGCUCAUCCUAGUGUUCCGCUUCUUGAUACCCAUGAACAACAGAAAUUGAAAGAAAAUGACUGUUUGCCCUUAAUAAAGCAACUAUGUUCAGAAGAUAUUGAAGAUCCUAUUCUGUUGGAGAAUUUGUAUCGGAAGGUUAGCCGUGUCCAGCUACAAAACCAAGUUCUGCUGAGAGACAUUGAAAUGCUAAAAGUAGAUGGCAUGGCUUUGAGAAGUGGUAUGAAGAAAUACUUGAAGAGCAUUGCUUCAGGUGAAUGGGCUAGAAUUCCAGAUGAUUAUCUUCAGACUCUAGAAGCUGAAGCUGAGACAUCCACAACUGCCAUGUUACCUGACGACAAAGAAAAGCAGAUGCAAGAAGCUUAUGUUAAAAUGAAUUUAGAUUUGUUACACAAGAAAUGCAGGCCAGUGAAUAAAGCAAUAGAAGAACAGAUAGAAGAGGAAUAUAAAUAAUUUACCAAUAUUUACAUAAUGUAUUAAAAAGCAACCAAAUAACUUAAGUUAUUGAAAACGAUCUAUAUACAUAAUUUGUCUUGAAACGUGUAGUCAAGCAAAACUUUUAGGAUUCGUGUUAUAUUAAUCAAAAAAGCGGUGAACUUUUCGAAAUUCUUGAAUAUUUUUAUGACACGUGUCCAAUUUUUAAUAGAUCUGUAUACUAAGUCGCUGUAAUUUUCUUAUAUGGAAAUAUUCAGCAGUAAGUGAAAUUUUCGCUGUAUAAAGCAAGGAACCUGGUUAGGAUAAAAGUAUAUAAAACUUUGCUGACGAACAGUGGCUUAACGAGCACAGCUGGCGCCCCCCCCAAAAAAAACUUAUAGUAAUAUAAUCUCUAGAAUAUACUCGCAAUAACAAUAUAAUGCAAAUAAUAAUAAAAUGCUGAAUCUGGUUUAAAAUACUCUGAAAUAUAUUACGAAUAGUCACUACCUAACUACACGUCUACAAAAUGCUAUAUAGUUUUUCUGGAUAAAUGGCAUAUAGAAUUUCGGGAUAACCGACUCAUAUUAGGCUUUUGAGGCAAAGAAUCUGGUUAAAAAUCAAGACUAGGAUUGGAUUCGGAAAUACUUCGGUGUCGGUUGAAAAAUCAGACAUACUCUCAUCUAGAAUUAAUUAAAAAGAUAUUAUUUAUUUUACAUAUUUAUAUAUUCGUUUUAAAAACAUACAAUUUUUAAACAAUGAUAAAAUUUUAUAUAUGUAAGUUUUAUUUAGUAAUAGUAAUAUAAUAUAAAUUAUUAUUAAUUACUAUGUAUUGAUAAUUAGUUUCAUAAUUACGUACUCUGUAUACAUUUUUCUUGUCUUGGAUGAAGCAUAUUUAUCAAUUACUUCAUCAAUGUCGAUCGUUUCAA